GGGCAUGCCGGGUGUGAAAAUAUUUACGUUACCAGAGCUUAAACUGGCGUUUCGAUUCAGAAAAACAGAAAUAAUGUGCACAGUACUGUCCAGCGGGAAGACACGUGUGUGUUACGCACUUUCGACACGUUCCAUGCUCACGCAAGGAACGCUACGGUCGCGUGAUGGCGGGCGAAAGUGUUCUUGAUUUGUGCGCGUUGAGUUCAAAGAAGCUUGCUGUAUUCCUUGACUUCUUUCUUUUUUGAAACCAGAAUGGAAACUUUGGAUGACGCGAUGUCGAUAACACGUCCCAGUAUUCACCCAGUUGUUUCUUGGAUAGACUUUUUACUGAAUGACAACUUGUUAGCGCAACAUCUUUCUGAAGAAAAGCCGGAUCCCUCAGCUUGUGAGCUGGUCAUACAGUUCCUUUCAAGUGCAAAUGCUGUUCCUCCCUCGGGUCAGAACAAUAACAAUGGGUCAAGCACACCAUCCACCGUUAUUGCACUAGAUGGAGCAAACAUAGACUCUGGGAAGUGCAGUCCUGAAGAAGAUACGACCGUAAAAAAACUGCUUCCUUUGAAGCUUCUUGCACUGAAGACCGCAGCUUUCCUUGGAUGGAAUUUAGAUGUCUUAGAAAACAAGCUACCAAUAUCAAUGCAACACAUGUUAAUCGAAGAACUCCAGCGAGCAGCAGGCUGCGGAGAGCUGGAAAAUGAAGCCAAACUUACAAACCCUGAUGCAGCAUUCGCUCAUAUUCUGAAAUGCCGUUGGACCCUCCGAACUGCUAUUCGUUCUCGAGUCCCUGUCCGUGGGCAGAAGGGCCUUGCAGUUCAGAUCCCUGGUCAAGUGGACCCCACACAAGUUCCUCCUGAAAUGCUAGAGUCUCUUACAAAGAAGUGUGAAGAAGAAUCAACUUCAGCAGCUGACUGGUUAGAGGUUCUAUUGGGACGCAAGGUGCCAGUUCGUAUACCAACAGUGGCUUCCUUCAGAGUGAUCAAAAGUGAUGUGAUUGACCAGACACAUGACUGGCAUAAUGGUAUUCCUGCCGCUCAGGAUGACAUCUCUUGCCAGGUAUCUUAUGAACUGGCAUGCUUCAACUUCUUCAAGGAAAGGUAUCAGCACGCAAGCCAACUCUUUGAAGCUGCACUUAGCUUAUACCCUAAGGUAAAAAAGCGAGUAGUCACCCACCUGGAUAUUGAAUCACUGAAAGGUUACUGUCUUGCUUGCCGUACUUCUGCUGCUACCAAGCGAUCGAUGAGCCUGUUGGACAAACUGAAGGCUUCUGUGGCUUCCAAUUUCAAGGGUGUGGUGUCUAUUCUUUUGGAGGAUAAUGUCAAACGGGAAAUCCCUCUGUAUGAAAGAGAAGCAGUAGAGCUGAGAGCUGAACAGCAACUUGGGCCAAAUUUGGACAUCCCCACACAAAUAUCCUUGUGCAAUUCUAUCCGAAGGGUGAUAAGUGGAGAUACUUUUGUAACUGGCAUGCAAGUUAACUUCGCUGCCAUGGACAAAGGAUGCAUUAUUGUCCUGAAUGAAGCACUUCAUGCGGUUGUGCCAUCUCUAAACGAAAAAGAAAUGAGGUACCUGAGGAACUUUGUUGGCUACAUCUGUAAUAUGUCACCAGACAUUGCUAAGACCCUGACAUGUUCAGGGGUGAUCAGGAAAUACUUUCCAAUGGAAGAGGUCGUACCUCCUAAUGAGUUGCCACCAAAGAUUCCUGCUGACAAGCUAUCUUUCUCAGAGAACGUUGCAACAAAUACUGUCAGGAUGGAACGUGCUCUGAUUGCUUCUCAUGAUCCUGAUGAGAUUGUGUCAUUGAUAAAGUACCUGCAGAACAUGACUCCACCUGUCAAGCUGCCUUCAUUAAACUCUCAUUGGAAAUUAGCAAGAAGUCUAAGGGACUUCCACAGGGGGCUACCCCCUCAGUGGCAGGAUCGCAUGUAUGUGCUCCUUGCAAAGGCUCUAGAGCUCCGAGCACUCAAGCUGUAUUGUGCAUCCUUGGUGCUGCUGCGAACUAUUGAAGCUGAGCUAAUGCCACAGUGGCGGCGCCUGGCAUCCAUAUUGCUGUCAGAAAUUCGGCAUACAGAAAUGCUUCAGGCAGCAGCUAACAUACAGACUCUCUACCAGAACUCAGCUCGGCGUAGUGAAGUGGUGGAUAUUGCACGAACAGCUGUGCUCGCAUACUACAAGGAGUCUGAAAAAGGAGAUUUUUCGCCAAAUCAAGACAUGGCCGAGAUUUGCUGUGUAACACUGCUUAACCUACAAGAGUGGGAUGCUAUACCAGAAGCAGAUAAACCUCUCCGGGGUAUUGCAGGCUUCCUCGAGCUUACACAGACAGUAGCUGCAGUGUGCAAGGAUGUUUAUCAGAACCGGUUCACACGCUCUGUUGCUCAGGAUUUGUGGGAUUUGGUGCUCUCGAUGUUUGCUGUCAACUCGACUUCUUCACAACACAAAAGGACAGGAUCUGGCACUGUCAAGGAAAACUUUCAACGAGAAGUAGUCUUGAGUCGGAAUACCUUUCAUUCAUUUCUUCAAAACCUCAAGGAGAACCUAGCACUUACUAUUUUACUGUCAUGCCUGGUUAAACUCUACAACAUAUUGAAGGACGACUGCAGUACGGAUGUAUCAUUAGAGCAUCAGCAACUGUGGCCUGUCGUCGUUACGAACUCAUCAUGCUACUGCCGGUCAACCUUGACAGAUGUUCUCCAAACAACACUUCAGCAUGCCAUAUCUACAAACAGUUCACAUGCAGUCUGGGUUAAAAUGAUGGCAGAUUUCUGCUAUGCAAGGAACCACUACUCCGCUGCUCUGAAACACUAUUUGACGGCCAUACUGAUGAGCACAGACUACUUCGCACAGUCCCCACCCAGAACUCUGGGUGGUGAUCCAAUGUAUAAACGCAUGGCUCAUUGUUGCACCAAGCUACAAUGUCAUACACAGGCUGCACUUCUCUGCCAGUUAAUGGACGAGCCUGACUAUAGCGCUGCGUUCAAGUCAUUGAAUGAGCGUCAGAGUCAAGACAGUUGUGAUUCACUGUAUGAACACAUAUGUGAUGUGACACUUCUGGAGUUCCUCGUAAAUUUACAUGCACGACGAGGGGACGUGGAUUCAAAGCAGAAGGCAUUGCGUUGCCUUGGCCAGUUAGAGCUAAAUACAAACAAUAAUGAAGAGAUACAACGAGAGGCUGCUGCAGUGCGCAGGGGAGCAUUUCUGCGAAUUAUGGCCAAACAGUAUCUGUGAUGUGAAUGACAUAGGAACAAUGAAACUCCGAUAUUAAAAGCAAAAUGAAAAUUAUUUUCUCUUUUGUACUGUUUUCAUCGGCAAGGAUAUGGAGUUGGAACAUUCUUCUUUUUUUUUUUUCCUUGUAUGUGGCACGUAGAAUAAAUAUUUAUACAGAUUA